AGAGGCGGCCGAGCAUGGAGCCGUUCCCGUCCCCGCUGGAGUCCGCCAAAUUCAUAGCCAGCAGGAGCAAAGAUGUGUUCGUGGACGAGGAGGGGGCGCGGCGCGUGGCGGAGAGCUUGUUUGACAAAGCCGCGGCGGCCGAGUUCGGCCUGGAGGGCUGGAAGAGCCUCCAUGAGCUGAACCCCCAGUCCGCCAGCCAGGAGGCGGUGGACUGGGUGUUCCUGGUGGACACCCUCAAUUUCUCCUUCUGGUCCGAGCGGGAGGAGCAGAGGUACCUGGUGAAGUACAAGGGCAAAACGUACAGCGGCUACUGGUCCCUCUGCGCCGCCGUCAACAGGGCCCUUGACGAGGGAAUACCUAUUACCAGUGCAUCAUAUUUUGCCACCAUGACGCUUGACCAAGUUAGGCAUGUGUUUCGCUCUGACACAGAAGUGCCCAUACCUUUGAUUGAAGAAAGACAUUGGGUGCUGAAUGAAAGUGGAACGGUUCUUUUAGAGAAGUUUGGAGGGUCUUUCCUCACCUGUGUUAAAAUGAGCGAGAAAAGUGCUCAAAAACUGCUACGUCUAGUACUGGAAAAUUUUCCUUCUUACAGAGAUGAAGCUGUAUUUGAGAGCAAAAAGGUGUCUUUCUACAAACGGGCACAAAUACUUGUGGCAGAUACAUGGAGUGUAUUAGAAGGCAAAGGAGAUGGCUUUUUUGAUGACAUUUCUAGUCUGACUAUAUUUGCUGACUACAGAAUUCCUCAAGUUCUUGUUCACUUAAAAGCAAUGAUGUAUUCUGAAGAACUAAUGAAGAAACUAUAUGAAGGAACAAUUUUCCAGUCUGGAGACAGGGAAGAGGUGGAGAUCCGUGGCUGUUCCAUCUGGUGCUGUGCACUGAUUUGCAGGCACCUGCUGCAGCUCUAUGAGAGGAAGGGUCAGGACAUGCGGGGAAAGAUAAACGCGGUUUUACUCGAUUAUCACCUUUGGGACUAUGCCAGGGACCACAGGGAAGAGAUGAAAGACGUUCCGUUCCAUCGGGUGCGGUGUAUAUAUUACUGAGUCCAGCCUCCUAGCUGCUUUAUCAAUGCAUUGUCUUUUGAAUGGCAGUUAUUCUUUUCAUAUGGUGGCCUGUCACAGGGUAAUUUGGAACUGGCUAAAUCAAGCGUUCAUUUUUUGAUGAUGUAUUAAGAACUUGCCUUUUUUUUUUAUUAUUUUUUUUCUCCUCUGAACCUUUCACUGGAAUUAAAGGUGCAGACUUUGCUGCACAGUCCGUCUUCACUCCGAGCGUGCCCCCUAGCUCUGAGCUCUCUACCUUUGUGGCUCGGGCAGAGCCGAACUGUUGCGUUAAUUGAAUAAACAGCACGGUGCCGUCAAUCGCA